AUGGAGGCUAUGGGACCAUCCACUACUACUACUACCACGACCACUGCACCAACGAGAGCCAUGGUCAACAUACCGGCUGUGGGACAGGCUGAUCUCACUGUCCCUGGUAUCCAGAGUCGAUCUGACACAAGUCCAACCUCGGCCGAGAGUGGAGAUGGUCCAGCUAGGUUCGUAAUCAUAGGAGGAGCAGGGUCAAUGAAUCAGUUUGACAUGUCACCAACGGGUGGCCAAUGGGACUUCGAACAAGAGCCCAAUAGGGCAGCAGCAUCGCUCCGCCUCUGUAUAUGGGCCAUGUUCCUCUUUGCAUGCAUGGUAAUGUUCAGAGUACAGCAGGAUAAGCUCGCACAGGCUAUGGCUAACCGUCGGAGUAAUGUAUUGCAUCUGAUGGCACCUUGGGAGAAGGCAAGCUUCAAUGACAGGAAUUCGACAGAGCUGAGAGCUGUCUAUAUAGAUCCACGAUUGGCCACAGUGGCAUCGAACCUUCGAUUAGGCCAGAACCAUGAGCUGGAUGUGACCAAGCUACUACCCCCCAGAUCGAACUCGUAUAUCCGCGAGCUGGACUCUCAGCGGUUGGUUGCUAGUGUUUUGGACGGUCCUUGGCGAUCUACGACGUACUCUAACGAUGACAAUGAGUCUGUCGAACAGGCCGCUAGCGAUGAUGUAGCGAUGUUACAGAGUAUCGACAAGAACCUAUACGCUGCGAAUAAGGGCGUAUCGGACUUAUGCCCUAGUGGGGAUAAACGCUCCUGCAUGAUGGCUUUAUUGAAGGACAAGCAUCAGAAAGGUAGUAGCUGCUUCCACUUGGCUGCAUCCCCCGACGGUGGUAUUGCUGCAUUUGAUGUCGCCAAGAACGACACAGCUGUUUGCCUUGGUAGUGAGGAAGGAGUAGAGAUUCGAGCGUUACUGCCUGAUCGGUUCUCCAACAGAGCAGUGUAUGUAUGGAGGCCAGCUGCAGAUGAUGAUGAAGAGGAAGACUCUGGAGCAUCUGUUGAUUGCGUUACGACAGUGGAUACCAUCACCGGGCAGUGCAUCGACUCGGUGCCUGUCCAUCCGGCUAGUUACUACGCUAUGGACUUUCGAGAGGAGUCGGCUCAGAAGGGCAAAGGUUCGAGCCCCACGACCAAGUUGGUGAGUGUCACCUAUGACUAUCAACGGUGGCAGGCCGUGCUUCGGUCCUAUGUUGUGGGGGGCAGUGAGGGGAAGCCUCCGGUGUCCAGCGCGCCCGAAUUCAAAUCGGUAUUGUUCACGUCUCGAGGACCCUUCUGGGUAUUGGAUUCGCCCGAAGUGUCUGACGGCUUCGUCAUCCUGGUGGCUGGCACGGAGCCCCAAAUCGGCAUCCUCCACGCAGCGCCGCUCUAUGACGCUCAAAUAGGGCCGGCCUCGAACCAGUGGAUGAAACAAGGAGACGUUUUACGGCGUGAAAACACCCGGUCGGCGUACUACAGACACGUCUCGAGUAAAAUGGUCGAUGAUAGCGUGUCUGAGAUCCAACAACAGAAGAGUAAGUGUUCCUGCCAAGCACUGCCGGCCCACUGAUCGGGCCCUGCCUGUUUCUGGACUAUUGAGUUUUGUUUCGAGAGCCUUUUGUAUCCUUCCUACCUGUAACUUUUCGUUCAUCGUCAUCAUCAUCUCCCUGGUGCUCCGUGAAGCUAGUAUGCAAAUCCUUGGCUGGAGUCUCUCUCGGAACUUCUGUGAGUAUUCAGCCUUCCCAGU